AAAUUUUCUUCUAUUUUCUCUCAUUUUCCUGGGAAACCUACAUCUCUGGAGAUCUUCCCAACCUAAUUUUCCGUGCCUUAAAAUCAACUCCGAUAUUCUCUUUCUUCGAAGUUCAAACUUGUCACUUUUUUUUUUUUUUUUUUUAAAGUUGAAACACAGGGAUUAAUGAGAUGGAAAAGGCUCACUAAUCCAAUAAACUAAACAGGACUUUGUGAUUCCCAGUAGACAGCCUGCCCUAGAAAAUCAUUAAUAAAAUAGAAAGCAAGGAAUCCUAGCAGCCUUUAUGUCCCAAUCAACAAAAUUGUUUUCAUUGCAAUUCAGUCCUCCUUGUUAAUAUUUUGGGUGUUAUUUCCCUAUUUCAGCCUCUUCUUCCUGGAAAACCUCCGGCCAUGGCAGAUUGGUCUCACCUUCCGCAAGAGCUUCUCCACCAAAUCGCCCAAGCCCUCGAAACCCACUUCGACAUACUCCAUUUUCGAGCUGUCUGUUCCUCCUGGAGAGCCUCUGUUCCCUACAACCUUCUCCCUCCACCUUCCUAUUCCCGUCUCUUAAAGUUGAUCCUGGAGGACGAGGAUGGGGAAAAAUCUUCAACUUUUGUUUUACAGCGCCCCAUUUCCAUCUUCAAAUUCCAUGGGCUUCAUAACCAAAGAAUCCCACAUUUCUGGCUGGUCAAGCUUGAAGAAGAUGACGAAUCCGGGCAAAUUCACAUCCUCAACCCACUUUCAAGUUCUAAAAUGAAGCCCCAGUAUCCGAAAGUACUGGACAUUUCCACGCUCGAGGUCCAAGAACUGGCUCUUGAAUAUAUUAUUCAGGGCACAGAUUAUGCAGGCACAACCACAGCUAAAGCAGCUUAUUGGUUUCCCAAUCCUAAAGAUGAUUGUCAACGUUAUGUGGUAUUUAUAGAAGCUGGAGAUCUAUAUCUGUUUAAGUUCGGGGAUGAGGAAGCAACUAAAAUUGAAGAGGAAGGCAGCUGGAGUCCAUUCUAUGAUGAUUUCAUUCAAUUCAAGGGCAAGUUCUAUGCUGUGGACAAUAUGGGAACAACAAUUGCCGUUGAGCCUUGUUCCAGAACUGCAACCCCGGUGACAGGAAAGCUGACAUUUAGUGGGGAGAAAAAGUUCUUAGUUCAAUCAUUUGGGAAACUGUUGCUGGUUGACAUAUUCCGUGCUUCAAAGAGUAUAUAUGGUGAUCCCUACGGGAAAACCCUUUGGUUUCAGGUGUUUCAGCUGGAUGAAGAAAGGAAGAGAUGGGAUCUAGUGAAAAGCCUGGGUGACAGGAUUCUGUUCCUGGGAAAAUAUUGCAAUUUUUCUGCAUCUAGAAUUCCUGGGGUCCAAGGAAACUGCAUUGUUUUUUCUAAUGAAGCAGUUGAUGAAUAUGGAGAGUUGAAAGGGGAUGCAGUUUAUGUCUUCCAGAUGAGAAAUCAAAGGGUUAUACCUUUGCAGGAUUUCGAUGGUUAUCUCUACUUGUUUCGGCCACCUCUUCUUUGAUAGGUUGUCUGAGAAUUCUGAGAAUCCAAUAUUAAGGUUGCUGAGUUUGAGACCGUGGGGCAUGUUUUUGUUAUUUCCUCAUUCUCAGCAUGUUUUUUCUGGAUCAUGAAUGUAAUUUCCCUGGAUACUAUCUUUACUUCCCCU